GCUGCAAAACUAUCUGAAACAAUCUAUAAGUGAAAAUAACACAUUGUUUUCCCUUCAUGUAUGCAGUGUUUGUUAACCCAAAGCUGGCCAAAGCAGAAGACUUCCUUCUUUUCAGGGCUAUAACAUCCCUAGAAACACAAUGUGGCCCAAAUAUUAGGACUCAACACUCUUGGCAACUCGUUGGCUCGAAUUGACUACGUACCUAAUGGUUUCCUCUCACUCAAGAACAUCAGGAUUAAUGGAGGGCACACUCUACGUUGGCUUUGUUACAUCAAACCCGGAUAAUCGUCUCAUCACCAAAAUCCUAUACCCUGGAGAUGUGUUUGUUUUCCUUGUUGGUCUCAUUCACUUCCAGUUCAAUGUGGGGAAAACCAAUGCUGUUGCUUUUGCUGCUUUGAGCAGCCAAAGCCCUGGUGUCAUUACAAUAGCAAAUGCUGUGUUUGGAUCAAACCCACCCAUUAAUCCUGAUGUUCUUGUCAAGGCCUUCUUCCAAUUGGACAAGAAUGUGGUGAGAAAUCUUCAGUGAAAAUUCUGGUGGGCUAACAAUUAAGGAGACCA